AGCAGAAAACAGAUGAGUUUUGACUGCGCUUACGUGAACAUCCACCCGGCCGCCCCCGGCCAAACAAGCUCUGUCAGUGUGUGUGAAUCAGUGUGCGAGGCGGAGGACAAUUUCAGUGAGGGCCCGGUUCGAUUCAAUCUGUGUUCCUUCGAAUUAAGCUACGGACCAGUUCAAUGUUGGAUAAAUUCCGAGUGAUUAACGGUUGUUUUACUAAAGUUAACGAAUCAAUUCCUCAAGAUGACCAUAAAUCAUAGAUUGGAAACUAGUCAAAAUCCAGUUGAUAGAUUGUUUGAAAAGAAAGAAAAUGCAACUGCGAAUGUGAAGUAAUUGUGUAAUACACCCAUUCUACUGGAAAACGGGGCUUAAGGAAGUUUCGCAACCCAUACAUUCGACAAGCAUUCGUCAAUCGGAACUGUGGAGGAGGUCAUUAAACCGUCCAGUAGGGAAGGAUUAAAACGACGGAGAAGCAGAAAUAAGAAAAUCAUUCAAACGGAUGUGAAGAAGCUGUUUUCAUGAUUUUCCCUCUUAGCAUAAGGGCGAGUCAUUUCUACGUAAUAAAAUUGCAUCAUAGUGAUAGUUUGUAAGUUUGCGGAAAAGGCUUGUGUUUUUAUGCAUUUUGCCAAUAGUGAUUCCAUGAGGUAGAAAGUGUGUUCGAUAUAUUAGUGCUGCACAGAACGUCAGAAGCAACAUAUGGAAUGGAAAAUUUAAUAUCAUCAGUGGCAGCAGCAGCAGUACUCACCGUUAGCGGAUCGUCACUGGAUGAGCGAGUCUUCAAUCGAACUGCGGUACGAGUAGGGCCAUACGCAUCGAUGAAGAUUUGAGAAGUGCUCUUUGUGGAUAUAGCACACUGCUACCGGCUGGGAGAUUUCGAGUGCUGUUAAAAGAAAAUCUCACAACCGAGCACAAUGAUCUUGAACAUCCUCCGUUGGCUGCCAGGGGCUUGCGGUAGCAUUGGUCCUGCCUUAAUUCCCCCGGCGCACAUAGCUGUACUCUGGUACUUCUGGCAGAACUAUUCCCGAUACGUGGACAAGCGGUUCUGCUCCUGCUCCUGCUGGGAUACGGUCUUCAAGGGAACCUACGAAUCCGGCAUCGCUUCCUAUAAGCACAUGUAUUUCAACGCCACCCAGAACACGAUGAAAAUGUGGCUGCUGAUCGUUAUCGGAGUGAUAUCCCUGUACGAAUGUACCAAAUACCUGACACAACUGAUGCUACAGAACCGAGUCCGGUACACGAUGAUCUUGCUGUUUAUGUUGUCCAUUUUCUCCCACUAUUACGCGUGGUGGGCCUAUCUUAACUAUUACAACGACGAGUAUUACAAUCAGUGGAACCAUCAGCUGUUCUUUACGAUCACUGAACUCAUAUCAACCAGCUUCGUGCUGCAUCUGGCUAACGUAGAUAACUCGGUGACAUCCCGCAAAACGCUAGCCAUCGUUGGGAUCGCAAUUCUGCACAUCCUAGCUAGUGGAGUGGAUCAGUUCAUAUCAAACGUGUUUAGGGGGGAAGGAUACCCACAUCAGGUGGUCCGCGAUCUUGGCUUCAUGAUCCCGGACGUGAUGCAUCUGCUCAUUCCACUGUGGCUGCUGCGACAGACACGAAAGGAAAGUUUCAGCACCCGGCCGUUCUACCGGGACCGAAAUCUUCGGCGGGACGUGGCACUCAUGUUCUUCGUGGUAACAGUAUUAUUUACGAUUUGCUCGUUUCUCUAAGACUAACCAAGGCCAGCGCCAGAAUUGGAGAGCAUUCGUACUGGAGAAGAGGAGACCAACAUUUUCCAACAAACAAAAAAAAACAAGUGUCAUACUACUUUUAACAAUAUUAUAUACAAUUGAUUUGUGCUAUCCCGAAUUCUUCCAUUUUAGCGUUGAGGGCGUGUGAAUGCGAUUGGAUCGUGAGAGUAUGAGUGAGGAAUUUUGUUUAAUGUAAGAAAAAGAAAGAGACAGUUUUCACUGCGUUUAUUAGAAGAAAUGUGCAGAAUUAUUAAGGGCCAUUAAGUUACUCUGCAAGACUGUUAGUACUGUUCUGGUAUUUUAUGCUCAAUACAAAUUUGGCAGCGGAAUGUUUAAGAGCACAGGGAAUUUUGCUCAAGAAUACGGGCGGACUAUAUAUGUGAUCAUUGAGGAUCUUUUUCAGACUAAGAUUUUUAAAGUUUUAGAACAUUUCAAAAAUCGUCAAACGUUUUCAAACUAGUCAACAAUUCUUGAAACAUUUUUUCAAAUGUCAGGAAAAUUACAAAAAGCGAGGAGCUUCAGCGGCUCGUUUAUUCGAACUUUUUAUCGCUUGGGUUGAUUUUUGACCAUAAAUCUCUAACUCGAGCUACGUUAGUUUCGUUGUCAGUCUACCAGUAUUCUUGAGCAAAAUUCAAUCGAAGACAUUGAGCUAAAGCAAAACGCAAAAAAAUCUCCAUAGAAUGAUAGCAACUUGCUUAUCAACGCUUUUAACCACCAACCAUUUUGAUGGAACACUGUAGUCAAAUUAGAGAGUUUUAAAGCAACCCACUAUACAGUAGAUCAAAGAAACACCUAUAGUAGUGAAAACAUAUCUUCGUAUCAAUGUAGAACAUAUGCAUCGUAGAGAGAACAUUGUAAUAAUAGUCAUAGCCACGCAAACUUUUUUUGAAAAAAAAACGCAUAGGGUAGAAUCAGUCCAUCUAUCCAGAAUUAAAUCAUAUCAUCAGUUAUGGUUUUACAUAUAUCUAAUUGAACCUGUUAUGGUUCAACAUUUCCCAUUAUUUUAUUUUAUUUUAUUUACAGAUAAAACGUACAUUUUUAAAAUAUAAUCGCUCUUCCCCUUUGCAACAUAUGUGAACAGUGGACUUGAUAGAAAGAAUAAAAAAAAUAUAGAAAAAGAGUAGACAAUAACAUUUGAAAUGAAACAAAAAAAAAUCAAGAAAGUAACCCAAGCUAACGAAUGUAGUGAAUCAAAUAUAUAGGACAAAGAAAUGAACGAACAACACAGUUGAAACUGAUUGGUUGAGUCGGUGUGUUUCGAGCGAAUUGGUACUCGAAAUUAUUUAUUCCGAAGUGUACGUUGUUAGGUUUUAGAGAUUGUUGUUAUAUUCACGCAUACAUAAACAUACACACACAGUAGCAGCAAUAAGCAAAAACAAGCCAAAUGGAUACCAGUGCACUCGUAGUGAUAGCAUGCCAUGCUACAAAACAGCCAAUGCGAAGAGCCUACCGCUAUACAGAACAGUGUUUGACAUAGGCAAGCGGAACAAGAAAUGUCAUCCAAAUACAAACAAAAAAAUUGGAACGUAAGAACUUCCAUGCGGAGAUAGAUCCCUUUCGACAGUACCCACCAUUACUUAACAUUAAGUUUUUUGUUAAACGAUGAAAAAGUAAGAUAAUAAAAUACUUAAAAUUGA